AUGAGAAUGUUUCGUUCACGGGGUCACUUGCGGCAAUCUCUCGGGGCGGCUUCUGAAUCCUCCUCGUCCACCUCACCCGAAAGAGUUAUCGACGAUGACACGGACUUCUUUAACCAGCCCAAUGAUUCACAAUCGUCAGUCGGAGUAGGAACCCUACGGGACCUUCGGGUGGAUGCCGGCCAGGAUAUCGUUCUACCACCUAUCUCUCGGCUGCCUCCGGAGCUCUUGAUCGCGAUCUUUGCGAAGCUCAACUCUCCUACGGACAUGCUGAAUUGCAUGAUGGUUUGCCAAAAAUGGGCAACGAAUUGCGUGGCAAUCCUCUGGCAUCGACCGUCGUGUAAUACUUGGGAGAACCUAAAAAGAGUGGCGGGCGCCAUCACUACUCAGGGCAGCUAUUUUCCGUACUAUGAUAUGGUGAAGCGGUUGAAUCUCUCGUCCCUGAGCACCAGGGUCAAUGAUGGAACGAUUAUCUCGUUUGCCCAGUGCAAACGAAUUGAGAGAUUGACGUUGACCAACUGCUCGAUGUUGACGGAUACUGGAGUCUCCGAUCUCGUUGACGGGAACGGCCAUCUUCAGGCGCUCGACGUGUCCGAACUCAAGAGCCUUACGGACCACACUCUGUUUAUCGUUGCUAGGAACUGUCCCCGGCUGCAAGGGCUGAACAUAACUGGCUGUGUCAAAAUUACUGACGAUGCAUUGGUGGCUCUUGCAGAAAAUUGCCGUCAGCUCAAAAGAUUAAAACUUAACGGCGUUAUGCAAGUCACCGAUCGAGCGAUUCGAGCGUUCGCGGAUAAUUGCCCCUCCAUACUUGAAAUUGAUCUGCAUGGUUGUCGUCUCAUCACGAACUUUACCGUGACAAACCUACUCUGUACACUUCGGUUCCUCCGUGAGUUGCGUCUCGCGCAUUGCGCGGAUAUUACCGAGCAGGCCUUUCUCGAUUUGCCAGAAGGAAUAAUCUUCGACAGCCUUCGAAUCCUAGAUUUGACAGCUUGCGAGAACGUGAGAGAUGACGCAGUGGAAAGGAUUAUCAAUUCAUCCCCGAGAUUAAGAAAUCUAGUUCUCGCAAAGUGCAGAUUUAUCACCGACCGCUCGGUUCAGGCCAUAUGCAAGUUGGGCAGGAAUAUACAUUAUGUCCACUUGGGACAUUGUUCGAACAUCACCGAUAAUGCAGUGAUACAGCUAGUCAAGUCAUGUAACCGAAUCCGGUACAUAGAUUUAGCUUGCUGCAACAGAUUAACCGACGCCAGCGUGCAACAACUAGCAACGCUGCCAAAGCUGCGGAGAAUAGGCCUGGUUAAAUGCCAAGCGAUAACAGAUCGCAGUAUCCUGGCUUUAGCGAAACCACGGAUCCCACAACACCCAUUGGUCAGCUCCCUAGAACGGGUGCAUCUAAGCUAUUGCGUCAACUUGAGCACAUAUGGUAUUCAUCAACUACUCAACCAUUGCCCACGACUUACCCACCUCAGCCUAACAGGCGUCCAUGCUUUUCUGCGAGAAGAACUGACUGCUUUCUGCCGUGAAGCACCUCCAGAAUUCACACCACAACAACGGGAGGUAUUCUGUGUUUUCAGUGGCGCAGGGGUUAGCCAGUUGAGGGACUUCCUCAACCAAGCUGCGAUCGCUUACCAUCGUGAACUUGAGGAGGGAACCAUGUUUAACGACACUGAUGAACUCGAUGAAGAUGAGGGCCAGGUAACAGGUCUUAUGAACGCCACAGGCCUUAAUGACGAUAACGAUGGAACACCGGAUGGUGGUACGGCCCCCGUUCAAAGCUAGUGGAUACACCGAUAUUUUGUCGGCGAAUUCAUCAUACCACUAUGGACAUUACGUCAAUGCAUACCCAUCAUAGGUCACUUUUACCCUUCUCCAAGGAUGACUGCCUGCUGUGCUCUCCCUAAAUAGAGUAUGCGAUAUCCGACCAUUUUCUUCCUGGGCAUUCUAUAUGCGAGGAGCAAUAUGUAGAUCACAACUUAUGGUCGUCGUGGCUUGAGCUGGCUUGAUGGAGACGGAACAAGGAGACCUUCCUGAACUGCGCUGGUUCAUAUCUUUCCGAAUUUUCCAUAUGUUUUUCUACAAGAUCUUCUGUUGCAUUAUUCUUUCUCAUUCUAGCUUUUCUGAUUCUUUCCGGGCGAUGUCCUCUCCGUUAAACCCUGUCAGUGUCAAAAUCUCCGAGCCAUGCAAGGGUGCAACCGUUGCAUAAGCACUGCAUUUGCACUUAUCGUUAAUGAGCAUUAUUAUGGAAUCUGAGAAGGGGUAUGAUAUCGUUC